AUGAGCUACUCCGCUAUAAAAGCAACCACCCAGGCAAUCCAGAGUGGUACCGAAAGUUUGCUGGGCAAGAAAAAGAAGGACGAUGUCGCCAUGGUUGUCUCUGCGCCAUGGCACGACCAGAGGGGUUCACCUCAUCAGUACACCCAUCCUCGACCCCAACCUCAAACCUACACCCAAUCCCCAUAUAAUCCACUUCAACAUUACUUUCCAUCACCAGACCCUCAGUAUUCUGUCAAGCCACCUCAAUACCAUGUCCACCACGCCCAAUCGUACACUCAACCUCCUUCUUACCCACAAUGGCGUGCCCCAACCACACAGAAUACCUACCCAACUCCACAAAAUGCCUACCCACCUCCACAAACAUACCGAAACCCUGCCGGUCCAGGCUUCCGGCCCAAGCCAGCAUUCAGAAAUGAAAGGCUGUAG